CCUCUAGUCUCCGACCAUACCGCUCGUCAAGACGGCCUCAGCCGUGCGAAGAAUGCCGUAGGCGCAAACUGCGCUGCCAGGCCGAGACGGGAUUGCCCUGCCGCCGGUGCGCGCAGGAUGGCAUUCCUUGCACCUUCCAGAGCCCAAGGUCUCGGCGCACUGCGCAUUCGACGUCUCUACCCGUGAGCAGUUGUCUUGGGAGCCCUUUGGCGCAGUCGGUCAUGUCGGCUGGCCAUGUCCCGCAGGAACACCAAUCACGUGCAUCCAGCGGAGACGCAGACCUGUCCAUUGCGCUCGACCAGUCUUCCCAACAGUUGCCGGAAACGAGACUGGCGACGCAGUUCGCUCAGAGCAUUGAUAACAUACAAGGGCAUUCUGCGCAGCUCUUCGGGGCCUCUUCUGAAGCAGAUCCUUGGCUCUUGAGACACUGCCAGUUUGAUGAGUUCGGCAUGCAGAAUUUCCAUAAACAGCACUUCCGCAAUGCUGGCGGCGUCCCUAUUGCUGGCUUGAUUCCGGUUCAUUUCUCGAUAAGCCCCGACGAGCUUCAAGAAAGCGCCAGAGCUGAGACUGGAGUUAGUACGCAGCACGAUCGUGGUGCUGAACUUAGCCAGGUUGUGCCAUCUGAAUACGGCCCUAGGCUGGUUGCGUUAUUUUGCAGACGCGUUUUCCCGCUGCUGCCUGUAAUAUCUCGGUCUCAGCUGGGCAUCACCCCCGAAAGCCCGUCACCAGGGCUAGAUAGGCUCGAGAGUGUGCCGGUUCAUUUACGUGCAGCUAUAUAUGCUUCCGCUCUACCUUUUGCAACAGAUGACAGCCACCUUUCAGUUUGGCAAGCUUACAGCAAGCCGUCCCUGGCUCGGCUAUGGCGAAUUGUGUACGAACUCAUGCUAGAGGAAAUCCACCAGCCCCAUCUUUCUGUAUUGCAAGCACUCCUACUCUAUCUACACAAGAGCCCGACUGAUGAGCCUAGCUGGGCCUUGCCGGACACGCCUUUCCUCUGGUCCCUUGUGGGCAGUACGGUUGGCCUUGCCACAUCACUGGGCCUCCAACUUGAAUGCGUGAUGUAUGGGCUGCCCAGCUGGGAAAAAAGACUUCGCAAAAGGCUUUGGUGGGCCGUGUACGCGGAAGACAAAUGGCGCUCGCUUUUGAUGGGCCGCCCGCCUUACAUCCACCGCGACGAAUGGGACGUCGACGAGCUCCAGAGCAGCGAUUUUGCUCCUUUCCAGGACCACGCAUACAUACCUUUCCAAUGGUUUGUCGAGCUGACCUUGAUCGCUGCGUCGGUCCAAAGCGAUCUCUACUCACUGACGGCCUGCCACGCGCUAUCGGGCGAUCUGAAUGCAUCAAUUGAAAAGGCCAGACCGCUGCUCGAUCGGCUAAGCACCUGGCGCUCCUCCUUCCCAGACCCGUCAUCCUGCCCGUACGCCAUGCACUUCGCAUACCUCACCCUCGUCGUGUACGUCUACCGCGCCCUGCUGCGCCCGACAGUGCAGUCGUCCCGGCCACCACACAUCAUCGACCUGGAAGAUCCGGCCCUCGACCCGACUAUCCCGCUCGGUGACUUUGGCUGGGACUUCUCGGACCUGCGCGACGUGGCGCCCUUCCCGGCCGUCGAUGUCUCGGACUCGACCUCCCGCGCUGCCGUCGCGGACGAGGUGUUCUUGACGGCGGAGAGCUGCGCCGCUAGGGUCAUCUCCUCGGUUCGUGGCUUGUCGUUCGCCGACGUUGAUGGCUUCUGGCCCGCUUGGUCCCGCAUAGGCUUCGCCGUCACGUCCAACUUCGUCUUGCUGCUUCUGGUACAAGCGCCUAGCGCGCAGCACGUCGCGAAGACGAAGCAGCUGCUCGAUCUCUGGGAACGCUCUUUGUGCUCGCAUGGCCGGCUGUGGCCGUUGGUGCGGCUGGGGCUGGCGAGGCUGCAUGCUUUUACUUCGAGGGGGUUGGCGAGGAGUUUUUUCCUCGUGGCGCAUGGGGGGGAGGUGGGGAGGAGCGCGUAGUAUGUGGUUUUAUGUAUUGAGG